UUUCUUUCCUGUUUCAUAGGCUGACCAAUGCACAGGGCUCCAAGGAUUCCUCAUCUUCCACAGCUUUGGGGGAGGCACUGGCUCAGGAUUCACCUCUCUGCUGAUGGAACGACUUUCUGUUGACUAUGGCAAAAAGUCCAAGUUGGAAUUCUCAAUUUAUCCUGCACCUCAGAUAUCAACAGCUGUGGUGGAGCCCUACAACUCCAUCCUCACCACGCACACCACCCUUGAGCACUCAGAUUGUGCUUUCAUGGUGGACAAUGAAGCCAUCUAUGAUAUCUGCCGCAGGAACCUGGACAUUGAACGCCCAACCUAUACAAACCUGAAUAGGCUGAUUGGUCAGAUUGUGUCCUCCAUCACUGCCUCCCUGCGCUUUGAUGGAGCUCUCAAUGUAGACCUGACGGAGUUCCAGACCAACUUAGUGCCCUACCCACGCAUUCACUUCCCUCUGGCCACAUAUGCCCCAGUCAUCUCUGCAGAAAAGGCCUAUCAUGAGCAGUUAUCUGUGGCUGAGAUCACAAAUGCUUGUUUUGAGCCAGCCAAUCAGAUGGUGAAAUGUGACCCCCGCCAUGGCAAAUACAUGGCAUGCUGCCUCUUGUACCGGGGGGAUGUCGUACCCAAGGAUGUCAAUGCCGCUAUUGCUACCAUUAAAACAAAGCGCACAAUUCAGUUUGUGGACUGGUGUCCCACAGGCUUCAAGGUGGGCAUCAACUACCAGCCCCCUACCGUGGUUCCUGGUGGAGACCUUGCCAAGGUGCAGCGGGCAGUGUGUAUGCUGAGCAACACCACAGCCAUAGCCGAGGCCUGGGCCCGCCUGGACCACAAGUUUGACCUGAUGUAUGCCAAGCGGGCCUUUGUCCACUGGUAUGUGGGGGAAGGCAUGGAAGAAGGAGAGUUCUCUGAGGCACGAGAAGACAUGGCUGCCCUGGAGAAGGACUAUGAAGAGGUGGGAACAGAUAGUAUUGAGGGAGAAGGAGAAGAAGAAGAAGGUGAUGAGUAUUAGUUCAGCCAUGAUUCUCUGGAUAUGGGAAAAUAAAAAAAUAAAAUAAAAUGUAUCACUAA